AUGAUCCGCUCCCGCAUGUGGCGAAAAAAGUGUCUGGACAAGCAUUACCUAUGCAUCCUGGCCGCCGACACGCCCGACCAGAAUCUCUCCCAGUACUUUUCCAUGUGCAACGACUUCAUACACUCGGCCCGACUGCGCGGCGGCAACGUCCUCAUCCACUGUUUGGCCGGAAUGUCGCGGAGCGUGACCGUGGCGGUGGCGUACAUAAUGAGCACGACGAGUCUCUCGUGGAAGGACGCCCUGAAGGUCGUGAGGGUCGGCAGGGCGGUGGCCAACCCGAACGUCGGCUUCCAACAGCAGCUCGAGGAUUUCGAGUCGACUCGGCUCCAGGAGGAGAGGCAGCGUCUUCGCGAGCGCUUUCCCAGCCUGGCUCUGUCGUCCCAGGACGCGGAGGCGUGUCGCCAGACCCUGGUGAGCUACGAGGGCUUGGCUUUGGCGCGCGAGCUCUGCGAGGGCAACUGCCCGAUGGGCCGCAACUGCCCCACCGGGAUCUGCCGGCAACCCUCGAAGCGCAACCCGCGCCGUAAAUCCUCGACGAGCAGCGCAACGUCGGUGCCCAACGCGGGCCGUACCCCUCCGCAGACACCCAGGAUGCUCCCGUCCGCGCCACCGUCACCGGGACUCGCGCGCACGGGUAGCGCCUUGGCUCGACCCAGGGACAAUUGGAC